AUGGAACCCGAGAAUAAAACACAAGCUUUCAAAUUUUUUCUUCUUGGAAUUUCAGAGGACUCCAGCUUACAGCCCUUCCUCUUUGGACUAUUUCUGUUUAUGUACCUGGUCACGGUGCUUGGGAACCUGCUCAUCAUCUGGGCCACGAUCACAGACCCCCGCCUGCACACCCCCAUGUAUUUGUUCCUCUCUAACCUGUCCUUUGCAGACAUCUGUUUCACUUCUACCAGCAUCCCGAAGAUGCUGGUGAACAUUCACACACAAAGCAAGGUCAUCCCCUACGAAGGCUGCAUCACCCAGGUGUACUUUUUCAUAGUCUUUGGGGUUUUGGACAAUUUCCUCUUAGCUGUGAUGGCCUAUGACCGCUUGGUGGCCAUCUGUCACACCCUGCAGUACAUGGUAAUCAUGAACCCCAGACUCUGUGGUUUGCUGGUCCUGGGGUGCUGGAUCACCAGUGCCUUAAAUUCCUUGUUACAGACCUUAAUGGCAUUGAGGCUGUCUUUCUGUGCAGACGUGGAGAUCCCACACUUUGUGUGUGAGCUUAAUCAGCUGGUGCUUCUCGCCUGCUCUGACACCUUUGUUAAUGACGUGGUGAUCUACUUUGCAGCCAUGCUGCUGGGCGGUGGUCCCUUGGCUGGCAUCCUUUACUCUUAUGCUAAGAUAGUUUCUGCCAUCCGUGCCAUCUCCUCUGCUGGGGGCAAGUACAAGGCAUUUUCCACCUGUGUGUCUCACCUGUCUGUGGUCUCCUUAUUUUAUUGUACACUUCUGGGUGUCUACCUUAGUUCCUCAGUUACCCAGAACUCACAGGCGACUGCGAGAGCGUCAGUCAUGUACAGCAUGGUGACUCCCAUGCUGAACCCUUUCAUCUACAGUCUGAGGAAUAAGGACAUAGUGGGAGGGCUGAGAAGACUCUUCAGAGUGAAGCCAUGA